GAUCAGCGGGGAGUUCCUGGUUUGCCAAAAUCCGGAGGUCGUGGCAAAGCAUGGGAGCAAGGUCUAUGGGAAGGCAGCCAUUGGUGCGCCACCCAUGUCCGUGCCCCACCUCGACGCUCGGGUCAUCGGUGGGAAGCCCAUGUUGCUUUUUGGGCCCUUCGCCGGGUUCAGCCCCAGGUUCCUGAAGACCGGCUCUUUGAUGGAUUUGUUUAGAGCCUUGAAGCUCCACAACGUGGUGCCCGCGGCGGCCGCGGGGCUGCGAAACCUCGACUUGACGAGAUAUCUGCUGGGCCAGCUUCUGUCGACGAAGUCGCAGAAGCUCCAGGAGCUUCGGAGUUUCCUUCCGGAGGCAGAGGCGGAGGACUGGAGCCUGGUGACCGCCGGGCAGCGGGUGCAGAUUAUGAAGAGAGAUCCCAAGAAGAUAGGUGUCCUGCAGUUUGGCACUGAGGUCAUCAGCUCCGAGGGCAUCGCAGGGCUGCUGGGCGCAUCGCCGGGCGCAUCCACGGCGGUGCAGGUGGCACUGGAUGUCCUGGGACAUUGCUUUCCAGAAGACAUGGAGAGGUGGUCGGCGCUGCUGGGCACGAUGAUUCCCAGCUUCGGGCAGCGGCUGAGCGAGGCGCCGGCGCUGGCGGAGACGCUGCACCGCCGGACGCAGCAGCAGCUCUUCGAGAAGCGAUGACCGGCCUUUUCAUGUUUUCAGACGAA